GCUGAAGUGGUCGGCGCUGCGCGUGCGCGCGCGCCGCCAACCGCCGCCGGCGCGCGCCACUCCGAGCUGAGCGGUCCACCCAGCCGCAGAAAUGGACUUCGACGCGAUCCUCGAGGAUGUGGGCGGCUGGGGCCGCUACCAGAAGCUGGUAGUGUACGGAGUGCUCCUCCCUGCUGUGUUGCCCUGCGGGUUCCAUGCUUAUGCUCAGCUCUUCAUGGCGGCGGAGCUCCCGCACUGGUGCGCGCCGCCGCCGCACCUCGACCCGCAGGACAAUAGGAACAUGAGCAUCCCCAUGGAGCUCCGGAACGGCGUGCUGCAGUACUCGCAGUGCAGCAUGUACGAGCUGAACUCACUCAGCCAGCUUCCAGAACCGGCUGAUCGGCGCGUUGUGCCCUGUACUAACGGCUGGCACUACGACCGGAGUGUCUACAAAAAUACUGUCGUCAGCGAGUGGAAUCUGGUGUGCAGCAAGGACUUUUACCCCACGCUGGGGCUCGUGCUGCUGGCGGUCGGCGGCAUCGUUGGCAACUACAUUUUUGGAUAUCUGCAGGACACUCUGGGCCGCAAGCCGUCGUUCUUCAUUUACCUGCUGAUCGAGUGCGUGUUCGGCGUGGCCACCGCCUUCGCGCAUAACUUCGCACUGUGGGCAGCCUUCCGCGUUGGCGUGGGGUUCACCGUGCCCGCCAUCAUGGCCACGCCCUACGUGCUGGCGAUCGAGCUGGUGGGCCCCCGGCACCGCACGCUGUGCACCAUCCUGUCUAACAUCGCGUACUCGACGGGGCUCAUCCUGUUGGCCGGCGUGGUGUGGCUAGUGCGCGACUGGCGGCAGCUGGCGCUGGCCACCAGCCUGCCCUUCCUCGCCCUCUUCCUGUACCUGUGGCCGAUGCCCGAGUCGCCCCGCUGGUUGCUGGCCAGGGGACACUUCGACAAGGCCGAGGUCAUACUGCGGAACAUGGCUAGGAUCAACAAGAAAUCUUUGCCGGCCAACUACAUGGUGCACCUGCGGCGGAGGUACGAGUCGGAGAAGCUGCAGCAAGAACUUGAGCGGGAGAAGUCGCGCCAGUACGGCGUGCUGGACCUGUUCCGCACGCCCAACCUGCGCAAGAAGACCAUCAUCAUAACCUUCAUCUGGUUCACCAAUACCAGCGUGUAUGUCGGGCUGUCGUACUACGCGCCGGUGCUGGGCGGCGACGAGUUCCUGAACUUCUUCCUAGCGGGCGUGGUGGAGCUGCCCACGUACCUGUUCUUGUGGCCCAGCAUGGAGCGCCUGGGCCGCCGAUGGACGCUCUGCAUGAGCAUGGUGGUCGGCGGCGUGGCCUGCCUCACCACGUUCCUGGUGCAGCACGAAGAGCAUGUGACGUUGGCGCUGUACUGCGUGGGGAAGAUGGGCAUCUCAUCAGCGUUUGUGGUGCUGCCCCUGAUGGCGUCGGAGCUGUACCCCACCGUGGUGCGCGGGCUCGGCAUGAGCCUCAGCUCCGUGCUGGGCAUGCUGGGGCCCAUCUUCAUCCCGCUGGUCAACUACCUGGUGCACUCGCUGUUCCACAUCCCGCACCUACUGAUGUACCGGCGGCUCGGGAUCCUCACGGCCUUCUGGAGUCUCGUCGGCGUGGGACUCGUUGUCGGAGCUGUCAUGGAGACGGAGCCGUUGUACGACAUCUGGAUCUGGUACUCGACGGUGUACGUGCCGGUGAUGCUGAUCAUCAUGUGCAUCGUGCUGACGGCGUCCGUGUGGGCCAUGGACCUCAAGCCGCUGCGCGCCAUCUUCGCCACCAUCGCCGUGCUCUUCUAUCUGUUUAUGUUCUACUGCAUCAUAUUCGUGCAAACGGAGAAGAGGAAGAUCUUCUCAACGACGACGCCGACGACGACGACGACGACGCCGUGCCCCUGGUGCCCCACCUGCACCACGCCCACAUGCACCACACCCGAGCCGGCCCCGAAGCCCCAGCUGGUCCUGCGCACGCUCGAGAUGCUAUUUAACGAGAACAACCUGAGCGAUGACGAGAGCAUCACCACGUCGUUCAACAGCACGGACCGUGACUGGACGCUGGACUGGUACUUCCACCCGCCCUUCUCCAUCGCCAAGCCCGGCGCCACCAUCUUCGUGGGCACCGUCAGCAUAGUGCACUCGCUGUGUCAUAUCCCGCACCUGCUGAUGUACCGGCGGCUUGGGAUGUUCACGGCCUUCUGGAGCAUCGUCGGCCUGGGACUCAUAUUUGGAGCCAUACUGAAGGACGAGUGGCUGUACGACAUCUGGAUCUGGUACUCGUGCGUGUACGUGCCCGUGAUGCUGGUCACCAUGUACGUGGUGCUCACGGGGGCCGUGUGGGCGCUCCACAUACAGCCCCUGCGCGCCGUCUUCGCCACCGUCGCCAUCCUCUUCUACCUGUUUAUGUUCUAUUGUAUCGUAUACGUGAUGAGCGAGAAGAGGAAACUAUUCACGACGACAAAGCCACCGACACCGACGACGACGUCGCCGUGCCCCUUCUGCCCGCAGUGCACCACGCAGCGCUGCACCACCCCCUCCACCACCCAGCCCACGACCAAGGCAGCGCUGCGCCUCAUCCAGUACCUCAGCGACCGCGUCUGA